AUGUGCGAUCCAGCCGUGCUAUCCGUCAAUAUACCUGUUCUUACCUACCUCCUUCCUUUUAUUGUGCAGUACCUCUUCCUCAGUAUAUUUGUUCUAUUGUUUAUCGUUCAGUACCUCGCACCACACAUAGACCUCCCUCGAUCAUACCAAGACUUACUUUAUCCCUAUUAUUUGACUUACAUACGGACUUUUACGCGCUCCUCGCGUACGUACCCUACUCUCAAAUAUCCGAUGGCCGACCGAAAGAGCGUUGGGGAGCUGGAGCGACUUCUUCAAGAGGCUAUUCAGCGCGCCAACAAUCUAGAGAGAGAACGGCAGGAGGAGCGACAACGCGCCGAGGAAAACCAACGACGCGCUGAGGAAAACCAACGACGCGCUGAGGAGCGUGCCGAUGCAUCAGAGGAAAAGAUACGUCCCACGACACUUGAAGAAUACCUUACCGCCUGCCACACCCAUGUCUUUUCCAAGCUCACCAUCGAAACAAAUCCGAAACUGUCCUCUAUGGGCCCCAUCACCAGUCCGCGAAAUAAAUGGUGUCCCGAAAACUUGCAGCCUUGGACAGACUUUAUACAUCAACAAAGGCUCACUUUUGGUGCACUCAACGCCACGUUCCCAAUCGAGAGCCGCGUCUUCGAGAACCGAGUUUUCUUGACCGGCUUAGGUGAUCGAGUCUUCCAGCGGCGGGUAGCGGACGAGAAGGGACUCGAGUACUUUUUCCACAACAGCGUGGAGGAUCCGGUUAGGGUCAUCAUACAAAAACUCCGAGAGGUUGAAGAGGUUAGAGCAGUUUUUGAGAUCGGUGAUGGCGUUGUAUUUGAGAAUCACCCCCAUGCCCUCAGCGACACUGCCGAAGAAGUGGUUGAGAGAGAGACUCCAGCGACGCCGCGGACGCCAGACCAUGGGCUAGAUCUCAACCAGCUGCGGCCAGACCAAAUCUGUGUCACUCGGUCUUACGACGGACCUUCUGUAAAAAGCACCUUGGUAUACGUUUCCGAGUACAAGUCGCCCUGCAAGUUGACCGUCCAGCAUCUUCGUGUUGGUCUUCGCCCUAUGAAUAUUUACAAAGAAGUAGUAAAUCGAAAGACCAUUCCGACAUCUGUGGACCCGGACGCGAAAUUUCGAUGCACUGCAGAGAGGCUGACUGCGUCUGCUAUCACGCAGACAUAUCAUUACAUGAUUGAGAGUGGCCUUGAAUAUGGUAACCUGACUACCGGCGAGGCUACCGUCUUUCUAAAAAUUGACUGGAAGGAGCCUGGAACUCUCCACUACCAUCUAUCAGAGCCCAAAUACGAAGUGUCAGCUCACCCAGAUAAUUUUCACAUCUGCACGGCUGUCGGUCAAUAUCUCGCCUUCACGCUCAUGGCACUUGGUUCACCCGAAGAGCAACGUGAACAUGGGCAGGAGGAGCGAAAAAGAGCAAUGGCUGACUUGAAAACGUGGGCUGAUGAUUUCGAGACAACGGUGCGUACGAUACCAGAAAGCGAACGAUCAGCAUCAUCGGAUCACUCACCCGAUUACCAACCAAUCACCUAUCACGAAUUCGACCGAUCGCCCUACCUCACGCGCCAAAGAAGAUGCCGGGCUGCUGAGCAGCAGACCGACGACAGAUUAAUGAGAAGGGACGAUAGGCGAGAGCCAUCCGAUGACGAAUCAGCUAGGCCGCCGGAUACUCCCACACCAGCGAGCCGGACCACGGGACAAGGAACUCGACGAAGCCAACGGCUGGCACAACGGCCUCGUGGAGAUAAUCAUGGACAAGGCCGCCAGUAUUGUACGCAAAAGUGCCUUCUCGGACUAGUGCGGGGAGAUAUCCUCGAUCUAAAGUGCCCGAACGUGGCUCUUCACUGCAAGGGCACUCCCACGCAUGCACGUCAUCCCGUCAGUCACAAACAAUGGCUCAAGCUUCUGUGGAAACAGCUAGAGCGAUCGUUGGACGAUGGAGUUUCGCGGUUGAAUCAAGAGGGCUCGCGUGGUGUCCUUUUCAAGGUUACACUACUAGCCUACGGCUACACGUUCCUCAGCAAGGGCACAGUACGGGCUUUUAUCAGCGAUCUCACUCAUGAGGCUGCGGUGUAUGACCGUCUGAAACCAAUUCAAGGUUGCGUUGUGCCUGUGUUUCUAGGCGCUAUAGACCUCCGAACCAUGGGCAAGACCUACUACUACUUCCACCGAGUCUACGUGGUACACAUGAUGUUCUUGUCCUGGGGAGGAGACAGUCUCGCCGAUGCGAUGAAGACUGGCACCAUAGGAAAGGAUCCCGAGAGCAUGGCCAUCGCCUCAUUACGCGCCAUGCAUCAAGAAGGAGUGAUCCACAGAGACGUUAUGCUUCCUAACAUGCUAUUCAAUCGGGAGGUUCAAAGGGUCAUGAUGAUCGAUUUUGAGAGGGCAUCGCUUGUCGAGCCACUAAGACCCCCCCUGGGUCAAAUAGUGCCAAAUAGACGCAGCCGAAGGCCUGAGGAGAGAGUAGGCAAGAGUGUGGCGACAUUGUCUCGUAAUUCACGUCGAGCUAGGAGGGGGUUUGAGGAGGAUAUUCUUAAUGCCAGUAUGUUGUUCCUGGAUCCGGCAUCGCUGUACGGUACCGCGAUGGUGGCAUGCAACGGGCCGCGAUGA